UCAUCCAUACCCCUCAUGAAAGAUGCUAUCAGUGUCCCACACAUGGGGAAUCUCAGGUCAGAGCAGAACUAUAUAAAAGGCAAGAGCUUCUCAGAGCACCUCAGACCACUUCUUCCUGAGCAAUCUGUUCCAGUGCCUGAGCAGUUUUAUUCAGUCUCUUUGGAGAUGUCCUGCCAGCAAAGCCAGCAACAGUGCCCACCUCCUCCUCCCAAGUGCAAAACCCCUAAGUGUCCCCCUGUUUCUUCCUGUUGUGGCUCCAGUUCUGGGGGCUGCUGCAGCUCUGGGGGUGGCAGCUGCUGCCUGAGUCACCACAAGCCCCGAUUCUCUCUCCGUCGCCGACGUCACAGCUCUGGAUGCUGUAGCAGUGGUGGCAGCGGUGGCAGCAGCUGCUGUGGCAGCAGCGGUGGCAGCAGCUGCUGUGGAAGCAGUUGCUGUGGAAGCAGCGGCGGCAGCAGUUGCUGUGGAAGCAGCGGCAGCAGCAGUUGCUGUGGAAGCAGCGGCGGCAGCAGCGGCGGCGGCGGCAGCUGCUGUGGAAGCAGCGGUGGCAGCAGUUGCUGUGGAAGCAGCGGUGGCAGCAGCAGCAGCAGCGGCGGCGGUGGUGGCAGCAGUUGCUGUGGAAGCAGCAGUGGUGGUGGCGGCGGCGGCGGCGGCGGCGGCGGCAGCAGCAGCAGUAGCAGCAGCCAGCAGCAGUCUAGGGGCUCUAGCUGUUGCUCUGGAGGUUGUUGCUGACCUGGGAAAGAGGAUCCCAAAGAGCAGCGCUGACCCAAGACCUACCAGCCAGAGUGUCUCCUCUUCUCUGGCUAUUCUGCAGACAUACUUCUAUAACUCUCUCUAUGCCCCUUUUUCAUUCCCCACAAAGCUAGUCUACUGUGAGGUCUUGAGGUCUCACCUCUGAGAUUCAUUGGCUUUGCUUUUUUCUCUCAGACACAACAGUCUGGGGAUGAGAUGUUGAAAAUCAGCUCUGAAGCUCUUUUCUGGGUGACAAUAAAGCUUUGAUUCCCAAUG